AAAGAUUGACAGCUCGCGCAUUGGACUCGGUUAUUAGUGGGAACGGUCGCUCCCGUUGUGUGAGGGACGCAAUCACAACUCACGCUACAACUCAGCGCUUUUUUGUCGGAUUUAAUUGUGUACUUUUGCGGAAGUUGACCGGGGGGAGCCCUCAGCGUGGAGUUUAAUCGGACCUGCGGGGUAUGAAAGUGGAGGGGACGCUUCAAACAAAGUAAAAGAGGAGGUAGACCUGUCCGUUUGAUGGCUGCUGGGGAUGGAGCCCAGCUGCCGGCCACAGUAGCGGCCAGCCGGAGCGUGGAGAAGGCGCUCGAGGAGGCUGCCGCGAGCGGGGCUCUCAACUUAUCCAACCGAAAACUGAAGGAGUUUCCCCGAAGCGCCAAGAACUACGACCUGUCCGACAUUACACAUGCAGAUCUGUCAAAGAACCGUCUGUGUGAGCUGCCCGAGGAGCUCUGUCAGUUCAUCUCUCUGGAGACACUGAGCCUGUACCACAAUGGGAUGCGUUCAAUGUCCUCCAGCCUGGGCAACCUCCAGGCCCUCACCUACCUCAAUCUCAGUCGUAACCUUCUGUCCAGUUUACCCCCGUCGGUGUUUCAGCUCCCCCUCCUGAGAGUGCUCAUCGUCAGCAACAACAAGCUGUCCUCACUGCCCACCUCCAUAUACUCCCUCACACACCUCCGUCAACUGGAUGUAAGCUGUAAUGAGCUGCAGUGUUUGCCAGCAGAGCUCGGCCAGUUAGAGUGUCUGAGGGACUUAAACCUGAGGAGGAACCAACUUACCACUCUGCCCGAAGAAAUGUCCGAGCUCCCCCUUGUUCGGCUUGAUGUGUCCUGCAACCGCAUUUCCCACGUGCCCUUGUGCUUCCGCCACUUGCGACACCUGCAGAGCAUCUCUUUGGACAACAACCCACUUCAGAUGCCGCCAGCGCAGAUCUGCUCCAAAGGCAAAUACCACAUCUUCAAGUACCUCAACAUGGAGGCCUGCAAGAGGAGCCAGGAGGAGCUGGAGAGACAUCUGAGGCCCACAGGCUUCAACAGCUGUCUGUCAGACCAGGAACUGUUUGCGGGUCAGUUUGGUGGGCUGGACUCUGGCUUCAACAGUGUGGACAGCGGCAGCAAAAGAUGGUCCGGGAAUGAGUCAGCAGAUGACUUCUCGGAGCGGUCCCUUCGUCUGGCUGAGGUCAGCAAAGACCAGAGGAACCUGGAGGAGGAGGAAGAGGAGGACGCAUCGCAUCUGGAGCCGACCAAAGUGAACGGAGAGGCAGAGCAGGUCGACUUCAUCGACAGCAGUGUGACAGAGGAAGAGGAGGAGGAGAUCAGGAUGGAUGCACCCACUCCCCCUCUGACAGCGCCCACUCUGGAGCAGAGGGAGCGAUCUAUAUCUUCUCAAAGCAGCGAUACAACAACACGCAGGUCCAGUCUCCACGUGGAGGUUGGGGCCCCAUCUUCGACCCCCUCGUCCCCCUCCAGUCCGAGUCUGGAGGAGCGUAGGAGGCCGGGUACCCUGCUCAUCUGGCAGGAGAGGGAACGGCAGCAGCAGCAGCAAAGAGAGAAGGCCAGUUUGCUGAAAUCAUCCACCAAAACAGGAAGUCAUGUGGCCUCUGCACCACAGACAGGAAGUAUCUCCGGUGGCAGUUCACCAGAGAACAGCAGCAGCUCCCACUCAGGCCUGAGGCAGAGAUGUGCAAGCGCUGAACAGAUGAGGAGUGUGUCUCCAGCUCUGCUUCAACGCUCCAGCAGCAGAACAGAUGUGCCGUCCUCCCCGAAGACGUCCCCUCCGCCUGGUCAGGCUCAGAAACCCAACAGUUUCCUGUUCCGCACCUCGUCCCGCAGCAACGUCAAGCCUGCAGGGGCAGUUUUCACACUCGGUGAGUCUGGCAGAAGUGAGUCUCGUACGACGCUGCGUUCGUCUAAAGAGGAAAGACCAGAUGUCACACAACUACGCAAGACCCUGGAGUCUCGGCUGAAGCUGACUCUUCCAGAGGAUCUGGGUGAAGCCUUAUCCAACGGCACCGUCCUCUGUCAGCUCGUCAACCAGAUCAGACCACGCUCCGUGUCAAUCAUCCACAUUCCCUCCCCAGCAGUGCCAAAACUGAGCUCGGCCAAGUGUCGACUCAAUGUGGAAAACUUCAUUGGUGCUUGUCGAAAGCUGGGCGUCCCCGAGAUGGACAUGUGUGUGUGCUCUGAUGUGCUUCUGUGUAAGCUGCCCGCUGUGCUGCGCUGUGUGACGGCCCUGCUGGCCUUGCAGGUGGGGGAGCCGGCGGAGGACCGCUCCCCCCGGCCGUCCCCUCCUCCUCCGUCUUCAUCGCCGUCCUCGCUGCUGUCCACAGAUUUCCUGCUCUUCUACUGUGUGGCCAUGGCGCUGCUCUACGUCCUCUACUGCUACCUGCUCACCUAGAGGACACACAACACACACUGCUCAUGUAUCCAUGUCUGUCCAACCACUCUGAACACACACACACACACACACACACAGUGGUUGGCUGUGUGUGUGUUCAGUGUGUUUAGAUAGAGGAGUGUGUGUUCCCACUCCACAGCUGCACUGCCGGGAUGUUCCACAUGUUGCAGCUGAGCACCUUUUGGAACAAACACACACUACAGGUCUUUGUUAGAGGAGUUUGAGCAGACGAACAGAGACGCCUUAGCCUGUAGCUUAGCCUUCAGCCUAGAUCAGACAUGUUUGGGGGAGGGGGGACUUUUUAGAGUGUAUGAGAGGCAGAGCUGCUCCACAGGUAGAAAUGAUCUCAGUGGGUGAGACGUCUCUGGUGUUGAUGCACAAAACCAAAACGUCCAAAGAGGUGAGGCUGACUUUUUACAGUGGGGUACAAUGAAUUUUAUCCCCUGGAAAAUAAAACACACUACUUCAGCUGUACAGUUCAGUUUGUAUUUUUACUGCGCCACUAAUUCAGGAGCUGCUGGUCUGAUUCAGAUCAGUCAGUCAGGUUUUUUUUUUUUUUGGUGACAAACUGAAUGGAGUUUGAUAAUUAUUUCAGUUCCGCCCCUCUACAGCUGAAUGUCAGAGAAUCCAUUCUUAGAUGUUCUGUUUGGUUGGUGCCCCUUGAACACAUUGGUUUAUUUCUUGGUACACUUACGUUAAUCUAUUGAUUGAAGGUCAAUAUGUACUUUAGAUAAAACACAGACUACGAAUAAGUAAACCUUAAAAACAGGGAAGUAACUAUUUAGAGACAUGAGUGAAUAAACAGUAAGAUUUAAAGCUGCAGUAAGUCCUGUUUCACCACCAGGUGGCAGGUUAUAAACUCCUUAUCUCACCACAUGAGGGGAACCUGUGACUCAACAGCUGACUGUUCCACAUGUAGCAGAAACAGAAUAUCUGAAGAACCAGUGUCAUUGCCUCUGGUUCAGCUGUUAAAGGCUCUUGCUGGUCUAACUGCUGUUUGGUACAGAGCGCUUAUCCCUUUAAAUUAAACUGAUGAGUACACAAAGACUGAGGGGAAACAGUACACUUGGAGGCCAGUAAAC